UGGCAGUAAUGUGUAAAAUUCGAGUUCGUGCUAUCGUGGGAAUCAUGAUUUUUCUUGGAUACUUUCUUGUCUACGUAGUUCGAUAUAAUCUAAGCGUACAUAUAGUUGAUAUGGUAGAGAUACCAAAGCAUCUUUUUAAUAUAUUCGCCAAUGAUGAAACUCAAUCUUUGAGGAGUGUUUUGAAAUCACGGUCUGGGAACUAUGAUAUAAUGCAUUGGAAUGAACUGAAAAUGGCUCUUCUGCUAGCGGCAUAUCACAUAGGAUAUUGCAUAUGUUUUCCAAUAUUUCAUAACAUUGGGGAUAAAUUUGGCCCUAUGUGGGUUGUAGGAGCAACUGGAUUUACAUCGGGUGUGUUAAACUGCCUUACCCCUGCGUGCGCUUAUUCAAAUUUCUGGUUACUCUUCACUGUGCGCAUUCUGAUUGGAUUCUGUGCGGGCGCCAUGAUACCAAGCAUGAUUCAAGUGCUUAGGCAUUGGGUACCACCAACCGAGAGACACCAUUUUAUGUGGGCUUAUUGUGGUAUAACCACAGGGACGUUCUCCACAUUUUUGAUCUGUGCAGCAGUUCAAUACUAUUUUGGGUGGUCCGUAGGAUUUUACAUAUCUGGUUCAGUACAAGUUUUAUGGGCAUGUAUUUGGGUUCUCGUGAUCAGCGACAGUCCAUCAAAACAUGCAUUCAUAUCUAAAGAGGAAUUGUCAUACUUGACAACAACUAUUGGCACCGUUUUUAACAUUAAGUUAACAAACUCUCAAGUACCGUGGAAGUUAAUAUUGAAAUCUGCGACAUUUUGGGCGCUGUGUAUUCUUAAUUUUGGGUACGCGUGGAUGAUAACUUCGGUUUGCCUACACUGUCCACUUUACUAUACAACCAUUCUUAAAUAUAGUAUUUACGAGGCAUCCGCAUUGGUGGCAUUACCUUUCUUUUUACGUUUGAUAUUAGGUACAAUUAUAAUACAAACAUAUCAUUGGUACAAGUACAACAAGAAAAUUAAAAGGAUCAAGCACAUUCGAAAAUAUUUCAUAGUUGUUUCUCAUGUGAUAUCAGGAUUUUUGGUGUCGAUGGCAUGGGUCGUGCCAAUCAACCCUGGCCCCGUUCUGUUAACCGCAGCCAUUGUACUUACCGCAGCGGGAAUGGAUCUCACUUUAGAUAUUUGUUACAGUUUAUCACCAAAUUACGUGAACCCCAUCAAUACGGUAAUCAAAAUUAUUGGAAACCUGCCUGGGAUUAUAGUUUCGCUUUGCGUUGGAGAAGUUACCUACAAAUACCAAAACACUGCUCUUGUGUGGCAUUACGUAUGGAGCUUUCAUGGAACAAUGAUAAUGUUGAGUGGACUCGUCUUCCUCAUAUGGGGCGAUUUCCACGUCCAGCCGUGGAAUGAAAUAAGACGCAGGCCGCGAAAAAAAAGACUUGUUACAGUAAGAUCUUCUGCCAUGUCGAAUAUUACGGAAUUGGACGAAGAUGAUUCUUUAAACAGAAUACCUAUUUCCCAACGGCAAAAUAAUACUGUAAGACUUUCGUAG